GGUAUCAAAGAGAGAGCAUCUGUUCGUCGGUGCUGUCAAUUUCUACCACUUAUAUUUUCCUUGCCUUGAUAUGGAUCCUGUACGAGUAACGAAACGUUGAAAUGGAGACAUCAGAAGAAGAUGUAAAUUUUAUAGAAAUUGAGCUUUUGCCCGAAUUGGUCCAUGAGCGUUGCUUCUGUGACACUGGUUCGAGAGAAUUUGUCGAGUACGAUUCAGCCUCUGUAAAACCCUUGAAAUCCGAGAAGGGCCCUACAAAUCAAGAGUCUUAUUAUUCAGCAGAUGUCAUUGUUAAAUUUUCUGGCGAGCCGAAAAUUUUUGCUCUUUUUAUCAAAUUGCUUCCAAAUUCCGCCAAUGAAACUGCUUAUGAUUGGUUUUUAAAUGAGGAAAUAUUUUACAAUAGUCACCUAAUUCGAAAAACUAAUAUGAAAUGUGUUCCCAAGUGUUAUGCUGUUAGUAUGGGCAAAUAUGGACGACCAGUUAUUGUUCUUGAGGAUCUUAAAGCCAAAGGGUAUGAGGACAUUAAAAGAAAAUUGAAUUUUGAGGAAUUAAAAUUAUGCAUCGAUGCGAUUGGCUCUUUCCACGGAAACAUUAUGAAGUAUGUUCAAGAAAAGAAUUCUUCUCUGAAUAACUUUUCCCCACUAAAGACUUUGGAAUAUGAAGAGGAGUAUCGUGAUAUUUUCCAAAAAGGAUAUUCUAGGAUUCUGAAUCUCAUUAACUCUUCACUUUCCAAAAAGCUUAACAGCAAGCUGGGCGAAGAUCCAUUUAAAAAAUUAAAGGCGAUUAUUACAAAAGAACAGACAACAAUUUGUCAUGGACACUUCAACCAAAAAAAUCUUCUGUUUAAAUUCGAAAAUGGAAAUCCAAUUGACGUAAAGGCUGUUCGAUGGCAUACAGUAAAAUACAGUUCAAUUGGUAUGGACUUGGCUUCCCUUAUUUUAGAGAAUAUUUCGAAUGAACUGGAAAGUAUAGAAAAGAUUCUUAUCUCUUAUCUUGAAGCUGUGAAAAGUGGAUAUCCUGAAGAAGAAAGAAAUUUUUUGUCAAUGACAGAAAUUCGAAAUACCUUUGUCUCUAAUCUUUUCUAUGCCUAUUUUACCUUAUCUUUGGAGGAAGACUCUUCGGAUGAGAAAAUCGUAGAAUUAUCGGAACAACUGGAGCGCUUGGGUGCUUUUACUGAAACUCAGUGACGUAAAUAUAAAAGUGUAAAAUACGAAGAGGGUUGAAUUGGAUUAUCAGAAAGAAAAAAGUGAUAGAAAAAUUCAGUAUUCUCGAGUUUUAAUAAUUUCACUUUAAAAAUAUUUGUUGAAUAAAUAAAAAUAAAUAACCGAAUAAAAAUGCAAUCUAGCAAAGCGGAUUACUCUGGAAGACAUCUCUAUAAAGAAUUAAAUUAGAUUAUCUAAUAUCACUCUGGAUUGCAUAGCAUUACUCAACAUUACAUAAAAUUAAGGUGGACUACUUCCCAGAAAAAAACAGAAGAUAAACUGUAAAAAAUUUCCUGCAACAAAUUUUAUUCUUAGAUUUUUCUGCGUUCGCCUAUACUCUAAUCUCGCGAAUUUCCAGCCUAAAUGAUAAACUUGAAACAAAAUUGUUGAAAUAUAAACAAAAUAGAUGAAUUUUCAACAAAUUCGUUGAAUCUUCAA